CCGCCCAUGACGGGGGUGAGGCGGAGAGACGGGGCAGAGUUUCAGCAAGGGAAGGCAGGGCGCUCAAAGUUUUUUUUUUUUUUUUUAACCAUCCCAACUUUCUCAGAAAGAAGUUGGCCGUUAUGAUCACGUCUAAACUACCCAUCGCUCUGUUUCUAAAACGGAAAUGUCUGUUAACGGACUGAUAGCGUGUUUAACGCGACUAUGGACGAGUUACGAUGAAAAAGGAACUUAAAACUAUACCAUUCCCCAUUCCGGGGGACUGCAACACAAUGGACUCCGGACUGAGGAAGCGCUCCGGAGGAUGGCGGCUGCUCAGGCUCUGGUUUUCUCUCGCGUGCCUGUCGUGCGCGUCCGCCCAGCUCAGCUAUUCCGUGUCGGAAGAGCUGAACCCGGGCUCCGUCGUGGGUAAUAUCGCUAGAGAUUUGGCUCUGACAGCCCAGAUGAUAAUCCAGAGGAAAUUACGAGUGGUCUCGGAAUCCACCGCACAGUAUUUCGAGGUAAACCAGGCAACGGGUAAUUUGGUCAUUAAACAAAAGAUUGAUAGGGAGCACAUGUGCGAGUCGACUUCGACUUGUUCGUUACACCUUCAGAUCAUCCUCGAGGGUCCUUUACAAAUACAUCGCGUCGUGGUGGACAUUAUGGACGUGAAUGACAACGCGCCGCAGUUUUCCACCAAAAACAUCUCGCUGGAGAUCUCCGAAGCGGCGGCGCCUGGUACGCGGUUCCGCUUGGAGAGCGCGCACGACCCAGACGUGGGUAGUAACUCUUUACGCACUUAUCACCUUGCACCAAAUGACUGUUUCGUUUUGAAUGUAGAGACUAAAAGCGACGGCACUCGGUUCCCUGAGCUGGUGGUGGAAAAGGCGUUGGAUGGGGAAACGCAAGCGUCGUUUCGCCUGUUGCUCACGGCCGUGGAUGGAGGUCAGCCGGAGAAAUCUGGCUCAACUCUUCUGCUGAUUAAAAUUCUGGACGUGAAUGACAACGCGCCCGUCUUUGACGAGCCGGUAAAGAAAGUCAGCCUGCUAGAGAAUGUAGCACCGGGCACUUUAGUCACAAAACUGAACGCAACUGACCGGGACUCGGGUCAAAACGGGGAAAUAGCCUUCUUAUUUAGUAAAUAUACACCGGAGCGUGUGCUGAAACUGUUUAGCGUGGACUCGAACAGUGGCGAGAUACGUGUUAACGGUGAUGUGGAUUAUGAGACGGCCAGUGUUUAUCACAUCACAGUGCAGGCGAGGGAUGGUGGCUCUCCUGCCAUGGAGGGCUCCUGCAACGUCAUUGUGGACGUCAUCGAUGUGAACGACAACUCACCGGAGGUGACGCUGACGUCAUUGACCAGUCCUAUCAGAGAGGACUCGGCACCACAGACUGUGAUCGCCCUCAUCAGUGCACGUGAUCUAGACUCCGGUAAAAACGGGGAGGUAACUUUAAAGGUCCAACCAGGGUUGCCAUUCAAACUCAGCUCAGCUUUUGGUGGGCACUACAACCUCAUCACCGAUGGCAGCCUGGACCGCGAGAGUGUCCAAGAGUACACUGUGGUCAUCAUGGCCACUGACGCUGGUUCCCCUCCUCUAUUAUCGCAGACCAGCUUUGUGGUGGAGCUUUCUGAUGUAAAUGACAAUGCCCCCACCUUCUCCCAGCCUUCAUAUUCUGUCGACGUUCCAGAGAACAAUGCUCCUAGUGCCCCUAUUGCUGUGGUUUCAGCCACAGACCCGGACCUUGGGGACAAUGCUCGCAUCUCCUUCUCCAUCCUUCCCAGCAUGGUCCAGGGCUCACCCAUCUCCUCCUACGUCUACAUCAACCCUGAAAAUGGCCAAAUCUACAGCAUGCGCUCGCUGGACCACGAGCAGCUCAACGCCUUCCGCAUCGAGGUACAGGCACGGGAUGCUGGGGUGCCUCCACGGACAGCUAACGUCACUGUGCACGUGUUUGUUGUGGACCUGAAUGACAAUGCACCAGUGGUCGUUCACCCUUCCUACCCUAAAGACACUGGGCUGCUGCUCACUGUGCCCCAGUCUGCCAGUCCUGGGCACCUAAUUAACAAACUUGUUGGGGUGGAUGCAGACAGUGGGCACAACGCCUGGUUGUUCUAUUCCAUUGCCCCUGGGCCAAAUUCAGGUCUUUUCCGAAUUGGGCUCCACACAGGUGAGCUCCGUACAGCCCGCAAGUUGGCUGAGGAAGAAGGGGGCGUGGAAUAUGAUGUGGUAGUCAUCAUCCAGGAUAAUGGUGACCCACCGCUGUCCACCUCCAUUGCUAUUACGGUAACUGUGGAGGAGAAGGAAACGGCCAACACUGCUGUUGCUGGCCCUCGCCACACACCCUUCUCCCGUCGCACAGGGAUGUCUGAUAUCACCCUGUACCUCAUCAUCUCAUUGGCCUGUGUCUCAGCUGUGUCAUUCAUCACCUUUGUUGUCCUAAUGGUGCGCUGCCUGAGACACCGUGGCCCAGCAGGGCUUGGUGGCUCUGACUGCUGUUGCUGCUAUAGCCGCCACCGGCCUAGCCGCUACCACCAGAGGCCUAGCAAGGACCUGCACCUGCAGCUCAACACGGAUGGGCCCAUUCGCUAUAUGGAGGUGGUGGGAGGCACCCAGGACCCACAUACACGCACAUACAGGCCUUGUUACUCCACUCUAUCCAGUCGUAGUGACUUUGUCUUUGUCAAGACACCCAUGCUGAGUCAUGACAACACCCUCAACAUGACACUCAGCAGGAAACACCUUAUGAACUCAGCCAUUGAGCAAAAACCUCCCAACAAUGACUGGCGCUUCAAUCAGGGACAGAGACCUGGACCUAGUGGGGCAACUGGAGGACCUGAGGUUGCCAUGGGAACAGGCCCCUGGCCCCAGCCCCCAACUGAAGCAGAGCAGCUCCAGGCCUUGAUGGCUGCAGCAAACGGGAGCGAGGCGACGGCUACCCUGGGACCAGGUACCAUGGGCCUGAGCACCCGCUACAGCCCCCAGUUCACCCUGCAGCAUGUGCCCGACUAUCGCCAGAACGUCUACAUCCCUGGCAGCACAGCCACCCUCACCUCCAACCCCCAGCAGCAGCAGGCCGCCGCCCAGCAGGCCACCCAGCAGGCGCUUCCCCCACCCCAGGCCUCAGUCCAGGCCGAGCCCCCGAAGGCGGCCCAGACCCCUGCCUCCAAGAAGAAGUCCACCAAGAAGGAGAAGAAGUAGAAAGGGAUAAACGGAGGGGGAGGAAUGAUAUGCCUGGCCUGAUCCAAUGAGAAAAUCAACCCCCCAUACCCCUCUUUUAGGUAUCUUACUGCUCAACUGUCAACCACAUUAGCCACGGUCUAAAUAAUGAAUGACAGCGAAUCACUUUUGACCACUUGGACGAUGUUGAUGGUUCUUUGAAAGUGUCUUGAGGGCCUCGAAGAAUUCAAAUGUGUUGAAGGCUUUUGUUGAUCACUAUUGGAAACAGUGUUCUGCUGGAGUUCUAGUAUUGCUGUUGUCAUUGUUGUUGGUAAAUGAGAUAUUUUGUGGGGUGUGGGGGGUUGCUGUAAUUUUGGCUAAAUCAAAUGACCUUGGAUUUGCUCCAGACAAAGAGAUUCGGUGUAAGGAACCUUGCUGAGGUCACAAGGCUAUACCCAGUGAUGUAUUCAGAAAUGACAUUUUUAAUGUGUUUCAUGUUGGAUUUAUUGUGCCCUUUCCCUGAGGUGGAAAGUCAAAUUAUUGUAAAGUAUGCUAGAUUGCCAUUAGAUUUCUAUAUAGAUUCAGCCUUGCAGGACACUAAAGCAUAACUCGUACGGAUAAGGUUGUUUCACAGGUAUUAAACACUCUUCUGCAUGCUCCUUUAGGUUCAAACCACGUAUAAGAGUUGCGAACUAUGCAUUGCAAAAGCAAAAGGAGGUAAACAUCUCAAACCUCUAAUCUUCCUUCUAAACGCAGGUCAAAAUAAUGCACAUGUAGCAUUUGCCUGACAGAAAUCAAAAUCUACUUUUGUAAUGAUAGUUAAAAGAUAAUGUUUUAAUCUAUUGUGAUUUAUAUGACCUGAGCAUGCAACUGCAAAGAGGGCUGGGGAUGAUGGGGAGGUAUGGUGUGGUGUUGCGCUGUCAUAGGCCAUACUGUCUGUGCAGGUGGUACAUCAGCAGGCAUUGGCCCCUUAUAGAACAUCCCAGAUGGGCAUCCUGCUGUCCCGCACCCUCCGCUCCCCUCUCUCUCCAACCAGCUUGUGUCCUCCCUCACUCACUGCCCCACCUGGAGAGCCAAACAAUAAGAAAUGCACUGUUCAUAUUCUAAAGGCGAGAUGACGUGUAGGGGUAGUAAUCACUUCAGUCCUUAGGGAGACAUGUAGACGUGGUAAACUUAAGUGCUUAGAAGUUUCUAGACACUUUGUAGGCCGCUAGGGCCAUUGACAGAGUAUUUGCUCUCGCUAUCCUGAAGUGCUCAUGAGAUUUCAUGACCUGAGACAAUAACAUGUUUUGUUUUCCCUUUGAGGAUAAUGACAUGGUAAGUAUAGUUGUUCAUAUAAGAUAUGAAGUCUUUCCGUUACCAUCCAUCUGUUUGUCAAGUCAGCGGCCAGACAUCACUGCAUGAAGCGGCAGCUUGCAGGCUGGGGUAAGGGGGGGUGUGGAAAGGGUGGGGUGAAGGGUACACGGUCAUGGGUGGCACCAUUACAUUGACAAAGGGGUGGGAGAGCGACCUUGGCUCAACCCGCUGAAUGUACAGAGGCACCGCCGUUGUCUCGUCCACCCCCCUAAAGUUCCUCUAAUGCACUGACCCACGUAGCGGUCAACCAUUCCAAGCACAUCUGUCCGUUUGAGAGGAGAUACCACUUCAGAUGGACCAAAGGGGGUUCAGAGUUCCCCCUUGUUCAUUUUAAUGCUAAACUUGGGCUCUCUACCACUCACUCCACCACUCCACCCCCCCACCCCCCCGGUCCCCGCAAAGGCUCUUCCCCACUGUAAAUAAACACUAGUCCUGUCGAUGGUAUGAGCCAGUUGUUUGUAUAGUAGGGACCACGUCCAGCAUUUUCAAAAUAAGAGUCCCCAUCCACAAGGCGUGGCUUACUACUGGAAUGUGUUGCAUUUGUUUUUCAAGAAAAAUAAGAAAAUCUCCAGGGGGGGGGAGAAAAAAAACUAAAAUCUGAGAUAUUCUUCAGCAGUUUGUGUUGCAAUGUAGUAACUAAGCACCAUGGAAGCUAACUAACAUUUCAUUGUAAAUAAAUGAAUUAAAGACGAUAACUUUAGAUGAUAAGUAAACAAAGUGACUCACGUAGACUAGUUAAAUUGUGAUAUGUGCGCAUAUUUUUGUGUUCAUUUCCUCUCGCUACUAUUUUAUCACCCUGUUAAACAAAACACACAAAAAAAUAUAUAUUGGAAAUGUUUCUAUCCUUCUGUAGCCUCUUUUUUUGGUUCUUUUGCUGUGAUUUUAUCUUGUGCAUUUGUGAAAGAAUGCCUCUCUCUUUCUCUCUGUCCAUAUGAACAAAUGAUUAUAAAUAUAUAUGUGUAAGUCCGUCCGCUGCUGAAUUAAUACUAUUCUAUCCUGCUGUAUUAUCUUUCUUAUGAAAUGCUUAGCCCCCAUGCUAUACCCCCCGUGUUACUCUUAUUUUUAUGCUAAUAUUUAUAUUGCUGUUUUAUUUUCUCUUGAACACUGACAUUUCAAAUAAAAAGAUUCUGAAA